AUGUGCGCGCCUCCGCGGCCGCGACGCGCACACCCCGUCGCAGAGCACGUUCGUCAGCUUGGCGCCGUCACGCCGUCGAGCGCCCAUUCGCGCCCAGCGGGCCGAGCGCACGGAACUGCCUCCGUGCAGGGCUGCGUCGCUCCGCCUUCCCUGAUCGCACACGGCAGGCGCCGCGGCCCCGCCGCCGAGAGGACGCGACAGCCGCGCGGGGCCAUGUCGGACGGGGUGCCCCGCGACGAGGCGCAAGCGCAGGAGGCCCGUGGAGGCGACGGCCUCUCUUUCCACGCCCGUCAGGAUUCGAUGUACGAACAGGCGCAGGCAGUCGCGACCGAGGUGGAGCGGCUCAUGCGGCUGCACGACUCCGGCUCGUUCAAGUCGCAUCCUCUCUCGCAGACCCCGCAAGCGAGCCCCGCUCCGUCCUCGAACUCGCUCCUCCCGGGCCCAUCCGCCGGCCCCUCUCGCCUCGGCCUCCCCCCAGUCACGCCGCUGGUGGCCGAGAUCCAGGCGGCCAGCAGGGCCGAGGGCGCCGCGUCCCCGGCGUCGGAUUCCGCCCACCGGACCCCAGCGGGCUCCAUCGGGGAGCUCGACGGCGACGCGAACGCCGCCUCGGGCACCCCGCCGCGCCCCUCCUUGCGGUCCUUCGCGGUCGAGUUCUCGGAGGACUUCAGCUCGCACUCCGCGAACAUCACGCCGCAGCCCUCAGGCACGCUCACGCGCUUCCGCAGCGACCGAACGAUCGACUCGAUCCCAGAGCACAGCGCUCUUGUUUCCCUGAGUGAUGUUUCCGCGUUGCGCGAGCCCGACACGCCGUCGGCCGGCGGCGCGGUGGACCUCUCGCCCGUCGUCUCCGCCGAGGACGCCCGGCCCGGGGAGGAGGACACCCCCGGUCGCGUCAGCUUCGAUCUGUCGCCGGUCGUACGCAACGUGUCGACGUCCGGGGGCUCGCCGCCGCUGCUGACGCCGCGCGGGGUCGACGAGGACGCCCGCGGCGCGCCGGACGAGCGCCGACGCCUCGCGUACGCCGCAGCCACUGCCGCGGCGCGGCGCAUCGCCGGAGAGGCCCGGGACGCGAGGGAGCGCAGCAGCCGCGACGGAGCAGCUGCGUCCAAUUCUGGGCGCGGAGGCGACCGCACGGUGCCCGUGUCGCGCGCGGGGAGCUACAAUCCCGCCGCGAACGGCGACGCCGGCCCCGCGGCGGGCCCGGCCGCCGCCUCGCCCCUGCGCAGCCGCGGCGUGCACUUUGUCGAGGCCCCUCGGGACACCGGCCGGCCGGCGCCGUCGCGGGGCGCGUCGGGCGUGUCGGCCACGGGCAUACCGAAGGCACUGGACCGCAACACGAGCAUCCGCAGCCACGCCGCGAGCGUGAAGAGCGCACUGACGACGGCGACGGAAGUGCGCAUGCUCCUGGACCCCGAGCGGAGCUCCGCGGAGCCGUGGCAGCUGCUGCAUCGCGCGGCGCUGCUCGGAAGGCAGCGGGCGUUCCGGCAGCUGAUCGAGCGGUACCGGCUCAACCCGCUGCAGACCUCCCCCGAAAACGGCACCACGGCGGCGCACUGCGCGGCGCAGGGCGGGCACGUGUCGAUCCUCGAGUACAUCGUGCGCGCGAACACGGACUCGCAGCGGCGCCUCGCGUCCGCGCCGGCGCACAACGGCACCACGCCGCUCCACGUGGCCGCCUUCUGCGGCCACCUCCCCGUCGUGCGCUUCCUCGUGGACGCGUGCGGCGUCAGCGCGGGCGUCCAGGACCACACGGGGUCCACGCCGUUCCACUGCGCCGCGGCCUCGCCCGGCGACGCCUCGAGCCUGCUCAUGUGGCUCCUGCGCGCGGGCGCCCGUCACUCGCGCACCAACCACGCGGUCAGCCCCGGGCUGGCGACGAACCACGAAGGCGACACCGCGGUGCACCUAGCAGCGCGCGCAGGGAACGCGUCGUGCCUCAAGGUGCUCCUCUCCGAGUGCGAGCGCGACGACGUGCUACUCCCCUCGGGGUCCUUCGGUCGUACCCUCCUGCACGAGGCCGCCGCGAACGGGCACCCGAAGUGCGUCCACCUGGUCCUCAAGUGGUGCCGCGACAACCCCGCGGAGUCCGGCGGCGUCGUCCCGGGCCCCGGCGUCCCGCAGCUGCCCAACCUGGACAACACUAAGUAUCGUGUCAUUGACGCGAGGGACGGAGAGGGCUUCACUCCGCUCCUGUGCGCGGUGCGCCGCGGGAACGCGCACCCGCGGUGCUCCGAGGUGUGCCGGCUGCUCCUCAAGGCCGGCGCGGACGCGAGCGUCCGCGCGCCCGCCGACGGGCGCAACGUGGUGCAGGCGGCGCUGCAGCUGGCCGUGCAGGCGCAGGCGCGCGUGCGGGAGCGGGAGUCGUUCGUGCAGGAGCUCGAGUCGCAGGGGAUGCGGAACACGGCGGGGCGCGCGCUGCAGCACACGAGCACGGACGGCUCGCUGGUGGACUCGGACGUGGUGUCUAGGAUGCUGGUCGACUGUUUGUUUCGAUGUACGUCGCGCCGGAAGAACAACUUCGACCCCGACGCGCAGGACCCGUCCGGGGAGACGAUCCUGCAGAUGGCGGUCGCGAUGGGCCGCGUCGACCUCGUGCACGUGCUCACGCGCAAGUGGGGCACCAAGGGCGGCAUCCGCGACAAGAGCGGGCGCACGUGUCUCCACGUGGCGUGCAAGAACGGGCAGCUCGAGGUCGUGCACCACCUCCUCGUGACCAGCACGGCCGGCGUGAUGGAGCGCACGCAGCACGAGCAGCUCACCGCGCUGCACAUCGCCGCCAGCGACGUUCGGCACGGGCCCAAGUGCGCCGAGCUGCUGUCGACGCUCAUGCGGCAUGGCGCGGAGCUGCGCGCGCUCGACGCGCAGCAGCGCACGCCGUUCCACGCCGCCUGCGCCGCCGGCAACCUCGCCGCCGUCACGCUGCUCGCCGAGGGCGUCGGGGUCGACGUGCACGCCAAGGACCGCGCUGGCAUGACUGCGCUGCACAUGGCUGCGCAGGGCGGGCACCUCGAGAUCGUGCAGUACCUCUGCCUGUCGACGGACGCGUCCCUGCGCGCGCUGACGGACGACGGAAAGACGCCCGUCGACGUCGCGGCUGCCGCGGCGUGCACCGCGGCGAACGGGUCCAACGCUGUGGCGUUCCGCUGCCGGCAGUGCGCGCUGUUCAUGGCGCGCCUGCAGCGGCGGCGGCCGCACGGCCAGGCGCAGUCGCCGGCGUACGCGCAGUCCAUGCUGGACGAGGCGUGCGCCAUGGACGCGAGCUUCUCGAUCCAGCCGGGCGACGUGUCGCUGGUGGAGGGGCUGGCGCCGGGGAUGACGUACGCGGCGUCGCGGUACGCGCGCGCCCCGGCGGCGUCGCGGACGGCGUACAGCGCCAUGCCGAGUCCCGUGCGCGUGGCGGCGUUCGUCAGCCGCGAGGAGGACGACGACAUCGGCCGCGCGCCCACGUCGACGCUCACGCCCACGAAGACGGCGUCGUUCCUGCGCCGCGCCGCGGACCUCGGGCUGGGCGUCGAGGAGAGCAUGCGUGAGUCGUUCGACGGCAGCCCCGAGCGCAACGGGGGCGGGUACGUGGGCAACGCGUUCCUGGUGCCGGACACCGGGUUUGCGCCACGGGCGCUGUCGCGGCGAGGCACGGGCGCGUCGUACAUGAUGGAGCUGGCGUCGAUGGGGUCACAGAGCGAGGUGGGGCGGGGCUACCUGCAGCAGACGGGCAACAGCACCGCGGCGAAGACGACGCUGGCGAACGCGUACUCGCAGCGGACGUGGUCGCCGUUCUCGAUCGAGAAGUCCGGCGGCGUCUCGAACGGGCAUGCGGCGCACUUCACGUGCCUCAAGUGCCACGGCAUGCCUACGCCGGGUGUGGCGCCGGCGCGGUGCAAGAAGUGCCUCAAAGUGCGGUACUGCUCGAAGGACUGCCUCGAGGCGGACAAGCGGCGCCACGCCAAGGAGUGUCCGCUGCUAUAA